UACAUGAUUAGAUAAAACAAGCUACUCCUGGCGAAGUACAUUUAAGAUUCUAUCAAUUCUUUUACUUCUUCUGAAUAAUACAAUUCUUAUUUAAAGUUAACAAUUAUGACUACUUUGGAUAUCAAUCAACUUACCAUAGUAAAAAAAAAUCUAUAUGUUCCUUCACUUGAUGAAAUAAAAGAUGUAUUAAAAGAAGGAUUGGUUAAAAAUUUUCUGGAUGUUGAAGUUGAAGUUGUUGAUUGUCCAGAUUUAACACAAGAACCUUUCACACUUGCUGCCCCAGGAUUAUGUGGUAAUCCAACAUUAUUAGAAAUUGGUGGUCCAUCAUAUCUUCUUCCUACUGUACAAAAAAACAAAUUAUAUGAUGUCCAACAACUUUUAAAUCACUUACAGUAUAAGACAGACUCCUUUGUUAUUGGAGCUGGAGCUGGCCCAUGGCCAUACAUAAAUUCCAAUUGUGAACUUAUAAUGAACAUGACUUUCUCACCUAAUGUACAAAAUGGAACUCGUAUUUCAUCUGUCAGUAAAGCAAAUGGAAAAUGUGUACUUCAAAAUUUACCUAACAGUGAAACAAGAUUUGCUUUAUUAGCUAAUUUAUUUGUUACUGAAGGAAAACCUGGCAAAGUCUUAAAAGUGCAUGUUAAAAAGCGUACUGGAAAUAAUGAUUUUAUUGCAUCUAUGCAGAAAGCAAUUGCACAGCAUUAUCAAAAUAAUCUUGUUGGAUUAGGAGGAACAUUUCUGAUAAAAGAUGGGAAAGUUAAACAGCAUGUUAUGCCAGACUUUUCAGUAACACCAUUAAAUACUGAAGCACAACUUAAUAAGUGGUUACACUUUUAUAACAUGUCAACACCUCUAAUAGCUGUUGGUACAUUUGUCAGUUCUGAAAGUGAUCUAGAUCUUCGGGUUCAACAUUUUCACAGCUUUUCUCAUCAUGGAGAAGGUGGUCAUUAUCAUAUUGAUACAACUCCAGAAACUAUAGAAUAUCUGGGAUAUUUCAACUUAGGCACUACACUUUACCGUGUAGAUAAACCACUAACUGGAGUACAGUUUGGGAAAGACUAAAAUUUGUUAUAUAAUUGUAUAUACAUUUUAUACUAUUCAAAUAAA